UGCCUCGUCCUGGCCCUGGUGUGCCUGCAGCUUUCGGAGGGGCUGGUGAGAAUCAAACUGAAGAAAGGCAAGUCUAUACGGGAGAAAAUGAGGGAGGCCGGAGUGCUGGAGGACUACCUGAGGAAAAUGAAGUAUGAUCCAGCUAAGAAAUACCGCUUCAGUGAGGACUAUGUUGUGUAUGAGCCGAUAACCAACCACCUGGAUGCCUUCUACUUCGGGGAGAUCAGCAUCGGGACCCCCCCCCAAAACUUCUUGGUGCUCUUCGACACCGGAUCCUCCAACCUGUGGGUGCCCUCCACCUACUGCCAGACCCCGGCGUGCUCCAACCACGCGACGUUCAAGGCCAACGAGUCCUCCACCUUCACCUACAACGGCCAGUCCUACACCAUCGCCUACGGCGCGCUCACAGUGGUGCUGGGCUACGACACGCUGAGGAUCCAGAGCAUUGUGGUCACAAACCAGGAGUUCGGGCUCAGCAGGAGCGAGCCGACCCAGCCUUUCUACUAUGCCGAUUUUGAUGGGAUCCUGGGAAUGGCCUACCCCUCGCUGGCGGUGGGAGGGCUGCCCACUGUGCUGCAGGGCAUGCUGCAGCAGAACCAGCUCACCCAGCCCAUCUUCAGCUUCUACUUCUCUCGCCAACCCACCAACAACUAUGGGGGAGAGCUCAUUCUUGGAGGGGUUGACACUCAGCUCUUCCAUGGGGACAUUACGUGGGCGCCGGUGACCCAGGAGCUUUACUGGCAGGUCGCGGUUAACGAGUUUGCUAUCGGACAGUCGGCGACCGGCUGGUGCAGCCAGGGCUGCCAAGCCAUCGUGGUUUUUUUUACGGUGCCCCGGGCAUACAUGAACAGCUUCGUUCAGGCCCUGGGUGCCCAGCCCACCAGCUACGGUUAUGCCGUUGACUGCAAUGAGAUCCAGAACAUGCCCACCAUCACCUUCGUCAUCAACGGAGCUCAGCUCCCACUCUACCCCUCUGCCUACGUCUUGAACNNNAAUGGCUACUGCACUCUGGGGAUUGAGGCUACCUACGUGCCUUCCCAGAACGGGCAGCCGCUCUGGAUCUUGGGUGACGUCUUCCUCAAGGAGUAUUACACCAUCUUUGACAUAGCUAACAACCGCAUCGGCUUCGCCCCCUCGGCAUAG